UAUUUUAAUGUUUCUUUUUUACGACACAGAAAUAUUAUUUUUUAUGUUUUGGAGAAGGCCAACGUCAUCUCCACUCAAAAAUCAAAAUCAACCACAUAAAGCAGAAACCAACCAUGAACACAUACGCAAACACACAGAUUUUAUGCACCGGAUAUAAACACAAAACUGCUGUCUGAAAAUUGAUUGCAGCACUUUUCUUCGCCAGCAGAAUUUCCUUCCAAACUGUUGAGCGGCUGGUGGUGUCGCGAAGUUGAGGAAGGGUUGUUUCCAUAUAUAUAUGAUGGCGUGUGCACUGUCAGGCAAGUGCUGCAGCAUUUCUGCAUCAGCAAGUCUACUGUUCAAUAAGCCCCAGCCCAAAAAGAGGCAGAAUUUGCAAUAUGGUUUCAGAAUUAGGGCUUCUUCUGCUGAUGACGCUGAUGAAUGCAAUACUGAAGAAUGUGCCCCCGAUAAAGAGGUUGGGAAAGUGAGCAUGGAAUGGGUAGCUGUGGAGAAAACUAAAGUAGUUGGUACAUUUCCACCACGAAAAAGGGGUUGGACCGGAUAUGUAGAGAAGGACACAGCUGGGCAGACCAACAUAUAUUCUGUUGAGCCUGCAGUUUACAUAGCAGAAAGUGCAAUCAGUUCUGGAACAGCAGGUUCGUCGUCGGAUGGAGCGGAGAAUACAGCAGCUAUUGUUGGAGGCAUUGCCCUAGUCUCAAUUGCUGCUGCUUCAGCAGUUCUUCUCCAAGUAGGCAAGAAUCCACCAGUGGUGCAGCAGACUGUGGAAUACUCGGGCCCGUCUCUCAGCUACUACAUCAACAAGUUUACGCCUCCUCCAACUGUUGAAGUUUCCACGGCACCACCACCUGUGAGUGAAGAUGCCUCAACAACUUUGCAAACAGAAACCUCCAUUGAACAGGCCGACUCUCAGCCGCCUCCAUUAGCUUCUGACGUCUCUUAGGCUGCUUUUUUGUCCAAAUUCUACUUCCAUUUUUCCUCUAUACUGUAUGUUGUAAUGCUAAACAUCAUACACAUCCAUGUAUGAUCAUUUGCCAAUCAACAUAUGCUACUCAUUAUUCAUAUUGAAGAAA